UCGUAGUUCCGGCUGAUGACGGAAUUGUGCGGGCUUUGAAGACCAGCACGCAAUAACAACAGCACGCUGGCAUGCUGGAUAAGCAACCAGCUCUCCACCCACUGCUACACGCUCGCUCUUCGCCUGGAGAUGAGAGGCCUGACUCCCUCUGCGUCUCGAAUAACCCUCGUUCACCCGCUAUCCACCCCCAAACGGCCGCCCAUAUCGAGCUUAAAGCACCCCGCCAUCUCCCCUCUACGAGCAAUGUCCGCGACAUCCAGACGCGCUGACCCUUUCAAGCCCGCGGCGAGGGUCGCCGGGCAGAGGCAGGAUGUCUGGAGCAUCGUCAAUGAAGCUGCCGCAGCCUCCCCCGUCCAGCCCAUCGUAAACAUGGGCCAAGGUUUCUUUGGCUACAACCCUCCCCAGUUCGUCAUCGACGCCGCAAAGCAAGCCCUAGACAAUGUCGACUGCAACCAGUACUCGCCCACAAAAGGCCGGCCGCGGCUAAAGAAGGCCAUCGCAGACUCGUACUCCCCGUUCUUCGGCCGCACAAUAGAUCCGGAGAAGGAGGUCACAAUCACAACAGGCGCAAACGAAGGCAUGCUGAGCGCUUUCAUGGCGUUUCUCGAAGAUGGGGACGAGGUCAUUGUCUUCGAGCCCUUCUUCGAUCAAUACAUUAGCAACAUCGAGAUGCCCGGUGGAAAGGUUGUAUACGUGCCCAUGCAUCCUCCAAAGGACGGCGCAACCACGACAUCCUCCGCAGCAGAGUGGAAAAUAAAUAUGCCAGACUUCGAGAAAGCCAUCACCCCAAGGACGCGAAUGGUUGUGCUAAACUCCCCCCACAACCCCAUCGGCAAGGUCUUCUCGCGGGAAGAACUCCAAGCUAUCGGCGACAUCUGUGUUAAACACAACAUCAUCAUCCUCUCCGACGAGGUCUAUGACCGUUUAUACUAUGUCCCUUUUACGCGCAUCGCCACUCUCUCCCCCGAAAUCGACAAGCUCACAUUGACGGUCGGAUCGGGAGGGAAGAACUUCUACGCAACAGGAUGGCGCGUGGGCUGGCUGAUCGGCCCAGAGCACCUCAUCAAAUACGUCAGCGCUGCACACACGCGAAUAUGCUACAGCAGUGUCUCGCCAUUACAGGAAGCAACCGCCAUCGGCUUCGAGCAAGCAGACGCGCACAAUUUCUGGGACGAGUCGAAGAAGGAGAUGAAGGGCAAGAUGGACAAGUUCAACGCAAUAUGGGACGAGCUAGGUCUGCCAUACUCGGACCCAGAGGGAGGAUACUUUGUCCUAGUCAACAUGUCCAAGGUUCAUCUACCAGACGACUAUGUCUUUCCGCCACAUGUUGCAGAGCGACCGAGGGAUUUCAAGUUGUCGUGGUUUUUGAUCAAGGAGGUCGGCGUUGCGGCAAUUCCCCCAACCGAGUUCUUCACGCCGAAGAAUGCGCAUAUUGUGGAGGACUGGUUGCGGUUUGCGGUGUGUAAGAAUGAUGAUGUGUUGGAGACGGCGCAGGAGAGGCUGAGAGGGUUGAAGAAGUAUAUCAAGUAGGAGGACCUAGCGCAGGAACUCAUAACAUCCACCUCUAAGUUCCCCUGCACUAUUCUCUCAACAACAGCAUGUUGUUGCACACUACAGAACAUAAUUUUAUAUAGAGUGGAUAUCCAGCAUGCUAUCGCAUAUCACGGCCAAU